CGCGGGCCGCCAGGAAGUUGGGAGAGCGCGGUGCGGGAGCGCGCGCGCGCGCGCGGGGCCGCGAGCAGCCGCGGCCGCCCGGGUUGCUUCCCUAAGCCUCUUCGCCUGCGCUCGCGACUGGGCUCCUCAGGAAGGAGCGGCCGGUGGGCCGGUGUCCUGUGCGCGGGGUUCGAGACCGGGUCGCCGAGCCUGGGCCGGGGCGCGGCGGGCUGACUGGCCCCCGGAGCCGAGACCGCCGGGGACACAGGCGGAGGCGCACGCUGGCGGUCUCCAGGAGCUGGGAGGAGGCCGACGGGACCAUGUCCGAGAGGAACCUCCGCCUCUCCACCACCGAGCGCGUCGUCAAAGCUGUCCCCUUCCCUCCAACCCAACGGCUUACUUUGAAAGAAGUGUUUGAGAAUGGGAAACCUAACAUUGAUGUCCUGAAAAACCACUUGGUGAAGGAAGGGCGACUGGAAGAGGAAGUAGCCCUGAAGAUAAUCAAUGACGGGGCUGCCAUCCUGCGGCAAGAGAAGACGAUGAUAGAAGUAGAUGCUCCAGUCACGGUGUGUGGUGACAUCCAUGGACAAUUCUUUGACCUGAUGAAGUUGUUUGAAGUUGGAGGCUCACCUAGCAACACACGCUACCUCUUUCUGGGUGAUUACGUGGACAGAGGCUAUUUCAGCAUAGAGUGUGUACUGUUUUUAUGGAGUUUAAAGAUUAAUCAUCCCAAAACAUUGUUUCUGCUUCGGGGAAAUCAUGAAUGCAGGCACCUUACAGAGUAUUUCACCUUCAAACAGGAAUGUCGGAUCAAAUAUUCGGAACAGGUGUAUGAUGCAUGUAUGGAUACAUUUGACUGUCUUCCUCUUGCUGCUCUAUUAAAUCAGCAGUUUCUGUGUGUACAUGGAGGGAUGUCACCUGAAAUUACUUGUUUAGAUGACAUUAGGAAAUUAGACAGGUUUAAAGAACCUCCAGCCUUUGGGCCAGUGUGUGACCUGCUUUGGUCUGAUCCCUCCGAGGACUAUGGCAAUGAAAAAACCCUGGAACACUAUAGCCACAACACUGUCCGAGGGUGCUCUUAUUUUUACAGUUACCCUGCAGUUUGUGAAUUUUUGCAGAAUAAUAAUUUGUUAUCAAUAAUCAGAGCCCAUGAAGCCCAAGAUGCUGGGUAUCGAAUGUACAGGAAAAGCCAGGCAACAGGCUUCCCAUCACUCAUUACAAUUUUCUCUGCCCCCAAUUACCUAGAUGUCUAUAACAACAAAGCUGCUGUGUUAAAAUAUGAAAACAAUGUCAUGAAUAUCAGACAGUUUAACUGCUCUCCACACCCCUACUGGCUUCCAAACUUUAUGGACGUUUUCACGUGGUCUUUGCCUUUUGUUGGAGAAAAAGUCACAGAGAUGCUGGUUAACAUUCUCAACAUAUGCUCUGAUGAUGAGUUGAUUUCCGAUGAUGAAAUUGAAGAUCACUACAUUUCAAGCUAUCAGAAAGGAGGCACUACAGUGCGAAAGGAGAUCAUCAAGAAUAAAAUCAGAGCCAUUGGGAAGAUGGCCCGGGUCUUUUCAAUUCUUCGGGAAGAAAGUGAGAGUGUGCUGACGCUCAAGGGCCUGACUCCGACAGGUACGCUCCCUCUGGGCGUCCUCUCAGGAGGAAAGCAGACCAUCGAGACGGCCAUCAGAGGGUUUUCGCUUCAGCACCGGAUCCGGAGUUUUGAAGAAGCCCGAGGUCUGGACCGAAUCAAUGAGCGGAUGCCACCCCGAAAAGAUAGCCAGUACCCUGAUGGGCCUGCGAAAUCGGCGACCUCGGUACAACCAAACCCCACGCACAGGAGCGACAAGGGCAGAAAAGCCAGUUAUGACUCAGAGCCCCGCUGUGGCACAGGUGGAUCCAAGACUUAAAAACAGAUUUUAUUUAUUUAUUAUUGGAAAACAAAACAAAGCAACUUAGACAACUUAAACCUGGAGGUGCACUCAUAAUACACUCUGUGUUUAUUCUGUAAGAAAGGCAACCAUUUUAUAAAUUCUUUAAUUUAUGUUCAACAUAUAUAUAAGAAGUGCAUCUGUUUUGUUUUUCCCUUUUUUCCUUAAUUUUUAGGAACUGAUCUGAUUGUCUGAUACAUAUGUGAAGUCUUGUGCUAUAAAGGGUACCUUCCCCUAAUAAAUAAAAGGGCCUUGGAAACUCCACCCUGGGUUUCUGACUUGAAGUAGCCAGCCUUUUCUCUUGUUUGUAGUAGGUAGUAUUUGCGUUUCAGACUAAUGACUUUUCAAAUGCAAGAACGUUUUUUUUCCCUUUCUACAGGGUACCAUUGAAUAAUAUCACUUAGACUUCAGUGGCUUAAACUUCUCUUCUCAUGGAAAACUUGAUUAUAGUAGAAUUUCUAAGUCAAUAACCCAGACCCAGUGAUUUUUAAGGGCCAAAGCAAAUGUUUUCCAUAACCUACUUUCUACUGGACUUUCAGUUCCUUUUAAUAUGUUCUAGUAAGGCAAAAUGAAAGAUAAUGAGGAAUUUUCUUAGAAUUACUAAAAAUGUGUUCAUCUGAUUGUGGGCCUGAUUGCUUUAAACUUCCGAGGUCCCUGAACAGCAUGCUGCCAGAUCCUUUCGCUUUCCUUGUUGAACGCCAGGCGAUUUGCCCCAUCUGCCAAGAAAGUUCCCGCAAGGAAGUGCGCAGCCUUCUGCGUGUCGCGACCGCUGUUACAGCACCAGCUCUCCCUGCCGUCCUUUUUUCCUGUGUCAGCAUUUUUUUAACCAACUGGAUUAAUGAAAACAGCCUCAGGUAGAACAGUCCCUCUAUGAAUUGGAAGUCUUGCUAGAGGCCAUUGGAUGAGUGAGGAUUUCAUCAUAUCUUCUAUAUAAGUUACAGGGUGUUGCUUUACCUUUCAACAUUCAUCAGGUUGAAGUGUAUGUCAGUGUCUGUCAGCAUAUUUUGGAGUACAAGCAAAGUGUUCAGAUAUAAUGUUUGAAUAACCCUCCCUUGGUUUUUCAAGUCACAACCAACUAGUGAGGGGAAUCUCGGGGGUCCCUAGGCUCCCAUGUUUGGUUUUGCCUGGUGACGGGUGCUAUGUCCUGAUACUCAUUGGUCAGCGUGGCAGUGUGUGUGCACAUCUGGGUGACACUCCCCCAAAGUGCAUGUUUGUGGAAUUUCUUAGUGUCCUUGGGAUGCAGGCAUCCAGCACAGAAGCAGGUAUCUCAGACGGUUAUAUUGGGUUGGCCAAAAAGUCCAUUUAGUUUUUUCCAUAAAACAAAAGACACAUUUUUCAUUUUCACGUUAUUGAUUUGGAUAUUUUGAGUAUGUCGGCUAUCUCCCUCUAUUAGUUUCUAGCGGGUAGAGGCCGGGGUGCUACUAAAUAUCCUCCAGUGCAUAAGACAGCCCACAGCAAAGAAUUAUUUGGCCAAAAUGUCAAUAGUACUAAGAAACUUCACAAACCACUUUGGACACAUUCGAUCAGUCACAGUGCCCUCUUUGUAUAUACACUGUACAAAGCUUUUUGCGUUUCAGUUGUAUUUUUACCUUUCUUGAAAUAAUAACACAUACAUAAUGUGUUGAAAAUGUUGAGUAUUUUCUUCCAUCUUCAAAAAAUUCACCAAUUUUGAUGUUUUUUCUAAAUGCACAAUGAUACAACACCUGUCACAAUACACAAAAUCUACACAAAAUUGUUUAUAAUGAAAUUAAAGACAACUAAACACUACUAGAGGCACUGUACAGAAAAAGCAAACAAACUUUUUGGCCAACUCUAUACAUUGGGAACUUAAAGGACAACAGAGGCCUUAUCAAAAAAACAAUUUCAGGUGGAGGGGAGGCAGAGACAAAUGUAUUUAAAAAGUAAAUAAAUUAAAAAAAAAACAAAACAAUUUCACUAGAAAAAUGAGGAUUUAGCUCAUCUACCUCUGUUUUCUAUAUCUUUUACUAACAGUUCCAAAUUUGUUCAUGGUAAAGAACAGAGCAUUUUGGGGAUUGGAAUCUGGUGGCAUGAAUUACUCUGUUUAAAAAGAUAGGAAGGCCCUGGUCGGGUAACUUGGUUAAGAGUGUUGUCCUGAUAUGCCAAGGUUGCAGGUGCCAUCCUUGGUCAGGGCACAUACAGGAAUCAACCAAUGAGUGCACCACUAAGCAAAACAACAGAUGAAUGGGGUUUUUUUUUCCCCUCUUUCACUCUAAAAUUAAUACAUAAAAAUUGUUUAAACAAAGAAGACAGUAGGAUAUUGGGGACAGAGAUAAAAAAAAUCUCUUAUUGGGUUGACAAUAAAACCUGUGCAAGAAAGGAGAAAAAAGCCUUUACUGACUGCUGUUUCUUUAAAAACUGAUUUCAUGCCCUGGCUGGUGUGGCUCUGCUGUCAAGGUGGUGAGUUGGAUCCGCCCCCUCCGCCGCCCCGCCCCGCCCCGCCCCGUGAAUGACCCUGGCCUGGGCAUGUCUAGGAGGCAACCAGUCGAUGUUUCUCAUAGCAAUGAUUCUUUCUCUCUCUUCCCCUCUCUGUAAAAGUGAUGGAAAAAAAGUCCUCGGGUGAGGAUAAAUAAAUAAAUAAAUAAAUAAAUAAAUAAAUAAAAUGGAAUUCAUCACCUGGAUAUAUCCUCAGACUCCUGUCUCCCUCGGGCCCAGUAUAGAAAAGACUGCUGUUUUGGAAAUCUCACCUAAAAUGAAAGUCAGUCCACAUGACACAUUCGGUAGGUGGGGGUCCCUUAUCCCUCCCUCCUUUUUUCUGAGGUGGUUGUUUUACAUACGCAGUCUACAGGCAGAAACCACUCAUGGGCUCAAUCAGCCGGCAAAUAGUGAAAUAGUCAUUAUAUAUCCAUAUAAGCAAAAAAUAUUGUGCUAGUGAGAAGGACGAUUAUUUAGGAAUGUCUUUAUUGUCUUUUCAAAAAGAAGCUUUCUGAUAAAACAAGCUUUCUGGGCGCAGCCAAGGGGCGUAUGUGAUGAAAGAUCGGCCACAGCAGAGAAGUGAGACGUCAUCGUUCAGUAAAAUUGGAGUUUAAAAUAGAGCAAGAGCCGCUCUU